CAGGGAACCAGCAUGAAACAGCGAUCCCGUUUGCAAGAGCCCCCCACGCACAGCGACUCGGCAAGUUGAUCGGAGGGGAGACAGAGUUUAGUUUGAAGAGCUGUGGGACAGAGGCUCUGUGACAUCACCCUCGCAGAAGGGCCAGAAGAAACAGCGUCAUGCGAGUCUGUUUUUCAUUUACAGUUUGGGUCACUCAGUGGGGCGGCCUUGACUGUAACGCUGGAGACAAUCCAGUUCGGAGCUGCAUCCUCCACCAAAGGCAGCUCCGCUUUCUGCUGCUCCAGACUCACUGGGGAAACGGCAGGAGGAUUUUUACCAUUCCCAGCCCCACGUUCACUGUGGAGAAUAAACACACUCCAGGAAGGGGAGAUUGAACGCCAAGGAGGAGGGAUGAGUCCAAUCUGCAAAUAAUUUGGCGUAAAAGGUCUGGGAACAAGUAAUUCUUCGCAUUUCUUUGGGGGUCACACAUUUGGUGCUGUGAAAAACACAACAAAAAAUGAGGAGACAUCGGCAUUUGCCGCUAGCGGCAGUCUUUUGCCUCAUGCUCUCAGGCUGUUGUAUGGUUGAUGCUCAGCAACAGGGAGAUGUCAAAAUCGUUGCUGCUGGUGAUAUAAUAUUUCUAGUGGAUUCCUCUUGGAGCAUUGGAAAGGAACAUUUCCAACUUGUCCGGGAGUUUCUGUAUGAUGUUGUAAAAUCUUUAGCUGUGAGAGGAAAUGAUUUUCGUUUUGCCCUGGUCCAGUUCAGCGGAAACCCACACACAGAGUUCCAGUUAAAUACGUAUCACUCUAACCAAGAUGUCCUGUCCCAUAUUUCGAACAUGCCUUAUCUGGGGGGAGGCACCAAGACUGGAAAAGGAUUAGAAUACCUAAUCCAAAACCAUCUCACUAAAGCUGCUGGAAGCAGAGCAAGUGAUGGCGUCCCCCAGAUUAUUAUAGUGUUAACGGACGGACGAUCCCAGGAUGAUGUCGCUCUGCCAUCAUCUGUCCUUAAGUCUGCUGAUGUAAACGUGUUUGCAAUUGGAGUGCAGGAUGCAAUGGAAGGGGAAUUAAAGGAAGUAGUGAGUGAACCCCGAGAUACGCACCUUUUCAACCUAGAGAAUAUUACUGCUCUCCACGCCAUAGUAGGAGACUUAGUGGCAAGUGUUUGUUCAUCUCUGACUCCAGAAAUGGCUGGAGCAAAAGGAGUGAUUAAAGACGUCACAGCGCAAGAAUCUGCUGACCUUAUUUUCCUUAUUGACGGAUCAAACAACAUCGGAAGUGUCAAUUUCCCAGCCAUACGUGAUUUCCUUGUAAAUUUCAUUGAAAGACUCUCAGUUGGAACUCAGGAGAUACACAUUGGGGUGGUGCAGUAUAGUGACCAGCCCAGAACUGAGUUCUCUUUGAACCGCUACUCCACAAAAGCUGAUGUUCUGAAUGCAGUGAAGGCCCUUAGUUUCCUUGGUGGUGAGGAAGCUAACAUUGGUGCAGCACUCGAAUCUGUGGUGGAGAACCACUUCACACGGGCAGGAGGCAGCAGAAUAGAGGAAGGCGUGCCUCAGGUUUUAGUGCUGAUAAGUGGUGGAGAGUCUAGUGAUGAUAUUCGAGAGGCAGUGUUAGCGGUGAAGCAAGCUAGUAUAUUUUCAUUUAGUAUUGGGGUCCUGAAUGCUGACAGUGCAGAGCUUCAGCAGAUUGCUACUGAUGGAAGCUUCACAUUUACUGCCCUGGAUAUUCGUAACCUUGCUGAUCUUCAGGAACUCUUACUGCCAAACAUUGUUGGAGUGGCCCAAAGACUCAUUUUGUUAAAUGCCCCAACCUUUGUCACAGAAGUUGUUGAAGUGAACAAGAAGGACAUAGUCUUCCUGGUAGAUGGCACAACUGCAUUGGGACCUUCCCAGUUUGGUGCAAUCCGUGAUUUCAUUGCCAAAAUCAUCCAAAGGCUGGAAAUUGGACCAGACCUUAUCCAAGUCGCUGUGGCACAAUAUGCAGAUACUGUGAAACCAGAGUUCUAUUUUAGUGCCAGUCAGAAUAAAAAAGAGGUCAUCAGUGCUGUAAGGAAAUUGAAGUUAAUCGGUGGUACGUCACUCAAUACAGGUUUGGCAUUGGACUUUGUUAGGAAAAACUUCUUCACCAGUUCUGCAGGGUACAGGAGUGACGAAGGUGUUCUGCCCAUGCUGGUGCUCAUUACCGGUGGUAAGUCCACAGAUGAUGUUUCCCAACCAGCAGCAGAGAUUAAACGGAAUGGAAUUGUGGUUCUCACCAUCGGGUCCAAAAACGCAGUUCAGUCGGAACUUCAAGCAAUUGCCCAGGAAGCAAACUUUGCGUUCUCUUCAGCUAGCUUCAGUACCCCAGCUUUACAAGGCAUUCUCCCUGAAGUGCUGACACCUAUAAGAACACUCUCUGGAGAAGUAGUUAUUCAAGAAAUACCACAAGUUCAAAGCAAAAGGGAUAUCAUCUUUCUUUUGGAUGGAUCACUCAACGUUGGAAAUGCCUACUUCCCAUUUGUACGCGACUUUGUUGUGAGCCUAGUUAACGACCUUGAUGUUGGAAAUGACAAUGUACGCGUUGGCCUAGUACAGUUUAGUGACACUCCUACAACUGAAUUCUUUCUAAACACAUUCCCAACCAAGGCAGAGAUCAUUACUCGCCUGAGGCAGUUGUUCCCUAGAGGGGGAUCAGUGCUGAAUACUGGCUUGGCACUAGACUUUGUCCUUACGAAUCACUUCACUGAAGCUGGUGGGAGCAGAAUAGAUGAACAAGUUCCACAGGUCCUGGUCCUGCUUGUAGCAGGGCAGUCUGCUGACGCAGUCAUACAAGCGUCCAAUGCAUUAGCUCGGGCUGGAGUGCUGACGUUUUGUGUUGGAGUUAGAAAUGCUGAUAAGGCAGAACUUGAGCAGAUGGCAUUUAAUCCAAGAAUGGUGUAUUUUAUGGAUGAUUUCAAUUCUCUGGCAGCUUUACCACAGGAGUUAAUUAAUCCUUUAACAACAUAUGUUAGUGGAGGUGUGGAAGAAGUUCCACUUGCCCCUUCAGAGAGUAAGCAAGAUAUUUUAUUCAUGAUUGAUGGCUCAGCCAACCUAUUGGGGCAGUUCCCUGUUGUCCGGGACUUUGUGCACAGAACUAUUUCUGAGCUCAAUGUGAAGCCAGAUGCCAUCCGAGUCUCUGUAGCUCAGUACAGCGACAACGUCCAGGUGGAGUUCACCUUUGAUGAACUCCCAUCCAAGCAGGAAAUACUCCAGAAAGUGAAACGAAUGAAGAUAAAAACUGGGAAACAACUGAACAUGGGGGCUGCACUGGAUUAUGCAAUGAAGAAUCUGUUUGUGAAGAGUGCUGGAAGCAGGAUUGAAGAACAGGUUCCUCAGUUCUUGGUUCUGCUUUCUGCUGGGAGAUCUACUGACAACGUGGAACAACCAGCAGAGGCCCUGAAAGGAAUUGGUGUUGUCGUUUUUAUUAUCGCAGCCAAGAAUGCCGAUCCCAGAGAACUAGAAAGGAUAGUUUAUGCUCCAGAGUUCAUUCUAAAAGUCGAUUCCCUUCCUAGAAUUGGAGACAUACAACCGAAGAUAGUGAACUUAUUGAAAACCAUAGAAAUUCAACGACCAGAAACAGCUGACGAAAGUCAGAAGAAGGAUGUGGUGUUUCUGAUUGAUGGCUCAGAUGGUGCCAGAAGUGGUUUCCCUGCACUGAGGGCCUUUGUGCAAAGAGUGGUCGAGAGCCUGGAUGUCAGUUCUGACAGGGUUCGUGUUGCCGUGGUGCAAUACAGCAACGUCAUACAACCCAAGUUCCUUCUGAACUCCUACUCUGAUAAAUCAGAUGUGAUCAGUGCCAUCCAGGGCCUGUCCGUUAUGGGAGGGGCUCCUCUUAAUACAGGUGCAGCCCUGGACUAUGUCAUAAAGAAUGUGUUCACCAGCCCAGCUGGCAGCAGAAUAGCUGAAGGUGUCCCUCAGCUAUUGAUUCUGCUGACAUCUGGCAAAUCAAGAGAUGAUGUGAGAAGGCCCUCGGUGGCCCUGAAGACCGGAGGCAUGGUGCCUUUAGGCAUUGGAAUUGGAAAUGCCGAUAUCACGGAGCUGCAGACCAUCUCUUACAUCCCAGACUUUGCUGUUGCCAUCCCUGACUUCAAUCAACUGGAUACUGUACAGCAGGUCAUCUCAGAGAGAGUCACUCAGCUUACUAGGCAACAAAUUGACCAGCUAGCUCUGGAUUUCAAAUUGUCAACACCCAGUCCAGUGAGCAGCAAGAAGGAUGUUGUGUUUCUCAUUGAUGGCUCCCAAUUUGUUACCAUUGAGUUCAAUCUCAUCCGUGGCCUGAUCGAACGGCUAGUGAGCUCCCUGGAUGUGGGUUUCGAUGCCACCCGGGUUGCUGUGAUCCAGUUCAGUGACGAUCCCAAGGUCGAGUUUCUUCUCAAUGCUUACUCCAGCAAAGAUGAAGUGCUGAGUGCUGUAAGAAGAUUAAGGCCCAAAUUAGGCCAAAGGGUUAACGUAGGAGCUGCCCUGGAGUAUGUGUUGAAGAAUAUCUUUACAAGACCUUCUGGAAGUCGCAUAGAGGAAGGUGUCCCUCAGUUUUUAAUAUUACUCUAUUCCCGCCCGUCUGCUGAUGAGGUUGAGGACCCUGCCUUACAAAUCAAAGUAACUGGUGUCGCACCUCUGACUAUCGGAAAGAAUGUGGAUCCUGAGGAGCUAACAAAGAUUUCUCUCAGCCCUGAAUAUAUAUUCCCAGUGAGAAGCUUCCAGGAACUACCCAGCCUAGAUCAGAAGCUCCUGACCCCUAUUAGAACAUUGACUUUAGAACAGAUAGAAAGGCUCCUGGAAGACAUAAAAGUCCCUUCAGAAUUGGACGGCAAUGAGAAGGACAUCGUCUUCCUCAUUGACAGCUCUGACAGCGUCAGGACCGACGGGCUUGCACACAUUCGGGAUUUCAUCAUCAGAAUUGUUCAGCAGCUGGACGUUGGGCCAAACAAAGUGAGAAUUGGUGUGGCCCAAUUCAGCAAUACUGUUUUCCCGGAGUUCCUUUUAAAACAACACAAGACCAAAGAUGCCGUUCUGCAAGCCAUACGCCGCCUGAGGCUCAGAGGAGGGUCCCCACUGAACGUUGGAGCAGCACUGGACUAUGUUGUGAAGAAUUACUUUGUUAAGUCUGCAGGGAGCAGAAUAGAAGACAGGGUCCCCCAGCAUUUAGUCCUCCUCCUUGGAGGGAGGUCCCAGGAUGAUGUGACUAGACCUUCUGCUUUGAUUGCAUCCACUGGGGUUAAAGUCCAGGGUGUAGGAGCAAGGAAUGCAGACAGCACUCAGUUGCAGAGAAUUAUCAAUGAUCCUAGACUUGCAUUCAUAAUCAGAGAUUUUACAGAACUCCCAACCGUUGAAAAGAGAUUCAUUGAAUCAUUAAAAGAACCUCAAGAGUCUACAUCCAUACCUCCUACAAUUCCAGUUCCUGAUGGUAAAAAGGAAGUCGACAUCGUGUUUUUGCUGGACAGCUCCAUCAAUUUAGGGAGAGAGAACUUCCAGCAAGUUAUCCAAUUUGUAUAUUCCAUAAUUGAUGCUCUCUAUUCAGAGGAUAAAUCCAUUAAAGUGGGAUUGGCCCAGUACAACUCUGAUGUGACCGAUGAAUUUUUUCUCAAGGACUAUACCACCAAAGACCAGAUCUUACGUGCUAUCAACAGAGUAGUCUAUAGAGGUGGCAGAGUGGCUAAUACUGGAGAAGGCAUCAAACACAUCCAGGCAAAGCACUUUGUGAAAGAGGCUGGGAGCAGGGGGGAGGACAGGGUCCCUCAAGUUGCUUUUAUUGUGACCGGAGGCAAACCUUUGGAUGAAGGACAGACAGCAGCACUGGCACUGACAAACGCAGGGGUCAAGGUGUUUGCCGUUGGUGUGAAAAACAUUGACCUGGAUGAAGUGAGCAAGCUGUCCAGUGAUAGUGCCACCGCUUUCAGAGUGGCAACAGCCCAGGAACUGUCAGAACUGAACGAACAAGUGUUGAUUACUCUCGAUGCUGUUAUGGAAGAGCAACUGUGUCCAGGAGUGAGUGAAUCCAGAGAAUGCAAACUGGAUGUGAUACUUGGGUUUGAUGUCUCAGAUGUUGGACCCGGGCAAAAUAUAUUUAAUUCUCAGAGAGCAUUGGAGUCCAAGGUAGAGAUCAUUCUGAAACGAAUUACCCAGAUGCAGAGGAUCAGCUGUACUGGCAACCAGCAGCCAACUGUGCGAGUGGCAAUCAUGGCGCAGACACCAACUGGAGCCAUUGAAGGAUUUGACUUUUCCGAGUACCAGCCGGAAUUGUUUGAGAAGUUCCAAGACAUGCGCAACCGUGGUCCAUAUGUUCUGACGCCACAGACGCUGAGAUCUUACCAGGACAAAUUUAGAACAGCUCCUGCCGACAGCGUGAAAGUGGUAAUUCACCUGACUGAUGGCGUAGAUGCUGGAAUGGCCCAGCUGGAGGCUGCGUCAGUCGCGCUGCAAAGAGAAGGUGUAAAGGCGCUCAUCUUUGUGGGCCUGGAGAGAACGCCAAAUUUUGAGGAUGUGAUGCAGUUAGAGUUUGGACGUGGGUUCACGUAUAACAGGCCUCUGAGAGUAAAUCUGCUGGAUUUAGAUUUCGAACUGGCAGAACAACUUGACAACAUUGCAGAAAAAGUAUGCUGCCGAGUGCCAUGCAAGUGUUCUGGGCAGCGGGGAGAUAGAGGAAUGCCAGGUACCAUUGGACCAAAGGGCAUUUCAGGUGAGAACGGCUACAGAGGCUAUCCAGGCGAUGAAGGUGGACCCGGUGAACGGGGUCCGCCAGGUGUCAAUGGAACUCAAGGAUUCCAAGGUUGUCCUGGUCAGAGAGGAAUUAAGGGCUCCCGCGGAUUCCCAGGAGAAAAGGGCGAACUGGGAGAAAUCGGCCUGGAUGGCAUAGAUGGAGAAGAAGGUGAGAGAGGCCUACCAGGCUCUUCUGGGGACCGAGGCAGUGCCGGCAGAAGGGGUGAUAAAGGCGUAAAAGGAGACAGAGGAGAACGAGGUGACCGAGGGCUUCGAGGUGAUCCGGGUGAGACUGGACUUGAUAACACACAGCGAGGACCCAGAGGCUCAAAGGGUGAAAUUGGACCAAUGGGAGAACCUGGACCAGAUGGGGGGGCGGGUUCCCCUGGUGGAGUUGGAAAUGAUGGUAGUUUCGGAAGAAGAGGGCCCCCAGGACCCAAAGGUGGCAAAGGUGCGCCGGGUCUACAAGGAACCGUGGGAGAACAGGGUACAAGAGGGCCACAGGGUCCUCCCGGUCAGAUUGGGACUCCAGGUCUAAGAGGAGAGCAAGGCAUUCCUGGCCCAAGGGGCGGUGGUGGUGCUGCCGGACCACCCGGGGAUCGGGGCAGGAUUGGUCCCUUGGGACAAAAGGGUGAACCUGGUGAUAUUGGAACAAAAGGACAGCCUGGAUUUCCUGGGCCUCGAGGAGAGACAGGAGAAGAUGGGCGAGAUGGAGUCGGCAGGCCAGGACCUAAAGGCAAAAGAGGUGAAACAGGAUUCCCGGGAUACCCAGGGCCAAAGGGCGCAGCUGGAUCUCGAGGUGGCGGUGGAGGUCCUGGCCCUAAAGGAAACAGAGGCCGCAGGGGGAAUGCAGGAGAGCCUGGGGAACCAGGUCAGAUCGGAGGGGUUGGAUACCCAGGACCACCUGGGCUUAAGGGUGAAAGAGGCGAAUCCAAAGAUCAAUGUGCACUUAUCCGGAGCAUCAAAGAUAAAUGUCCUUGCUGCUAUGGCCCCAAGGAAUGCCCUGUGUACCCAACAGAACUGGCAUUUGCUAUAGAUACCUCCUCAGGUGUCAAUAACAACAUUUUCAACCGAAUGAAGCAGACAGUGCUGAGAGUGGCUAACAACCUAAUCAUUGCCGAGAGCAACUGCCCCCGGGGUGCCCGUGUGGCAGUCGUGACCUACAACAGUGAUGUCACCACGGAGAUCCGUUUUGCUGAUGCCAGGAAGAAAGCCAAUCUCCUGGAACAGCUUCAAAACCUCCAAAUCACCCUGACGACAAAGCAGCGCAGCCUGGAAACUGCCAUGUCCUUUGUAGCCAGAAACACCUUCAAGCGUGCACGCAGUGGCUUUCUGAUGAGGAAGGUGGCUGUGUUCUUCAGCAACGGCCCAACAAGAGCAUCGUCACAACUUAACGAUGCGGUGCUGAAGCUGUACGAUGCUGGAGUCACGCCAGUGUUCCUUACUGACAGAGAGGAUCGAGCUCUCAUAAAUGCACUGCAGAUGAAUAACAGUGCAGUGGGACAAGCUAUUGUCCUUCCUACCGCUGCGGUUCCACUUAAUCAAACCAUUAGGAGACUACUGACAUGUCACAUUUGUUUGGAUGUAUGUGAUCCUGAUCCCAUCUGUGGCGUUAGUCCUAGUUCUCAAAGGCCUUUCUUCAGAGACAGGAGGGCAGUCCCCACGGACGUAGACAUUGACAUGGCAUUCCUCCUGGAUAGCUCUGAGAGCACCACUCCUUUGCAGUUCAACGAGAUGAAGAAGUACAUUUCCUACCUAGUAAAUCAGUUGGAGAUCAGCUCUAAUCCAAAGGCAUCACAGCACCAUGCAAGAGUGGCCAUUCUCCAGCAUGCUCCUUAUGAAUACGAAAGCAACUCAAGCUCAUUGCCAGUAAAAGUAGAGCUGUCCCUAACAGAUUAUAGGUCCAAAGACAAGAUGAUGGAUUUCAUUCUGAACCAAAUGGCCCAGCUAUAUGGCACAAGGGCUCUGGGAAGUGCAAUUAAAUACACAAUGGGACAUGUUUUCGAAAGUGCACCAAACCCCAGGGAUCUGAAAGUCAUGGUUUUGAUGAUGACUGGAGAAGUUAAAAAGCAAGAACUUGAGCACCUUCAAAGAGUUAUCCUGGGUGCCAAAUGCAAAGGGUACUUCUUCGUGGUACUUGGCAUCGGCAAGAAAGUGAAUGUCAAGAAUAUCUACAGCUUGGCUAGUGAGCCAAAUGAUGUGUUCUUCAAAUUAGUCGAGAAGCCGUCUGAGCUGCAUGAAGAGCCCUUACUGCGCUUUGCGAAAUUGUUACCGUCAUUUAUCAGCAGUGAAAACUCCUUUUACCUGUCUCCAGACGUACGGAAACAAUGUGAUUGGUUCCAAGGUGAUCAGUCAGCAAAGAGCUCUUCUAAAUUUGGCCAAAAAACAUCACACGGUGCAAAUAAUGUGACCACCACUGCACGUACGACCACCAGUGCACGUACGACCACCAGUGCACGUACGACUACCAGUGCACGUACGACCACCAGUGCACGUACGACUACCACUGCACCUACGACCACAACUGCACCUACGACCACAAGCGCAACGACCAGUGCGCGUAAAGCUACAGCGGCGAACACAACGACCAGUGCUCGUAAAGCUACAGCUACAAAGGGCAGCAAAAGUACCGGUGCACGUACAACUCCAGCUCCCAGUGCAAGUACAGCCGCUACAGACAAACCAGCGGUUAAAGUGAAGAGUGAAAUCCAGAUCAUUGACAUCACUGAGAACAGCGCUAAGCUACGCUGGGUGAACCCUGAACCCCAGACCCUUGACUUCUUUGACAUCACCAUCACCUCAGCACAGGACCACUCUCUAGUCCUGAAGCUAAACUUAACCAGCACUGAACGGGUGAUCGGAGGCCUCAGAAGUGGGCAGAAAUACCAGGUAGCAAUUACUGGGUACCACAAAUCACAAGCCAAAGUAACCUACAUGGAAACGUUCAGCACAAAAAGUAUGCCAGUGCCCAAGGCACCUUCAGUAGCGACUGCUAAUCUGAUGGUGAAUACUGAGCCUUUGGAACGGCCAGAAAUAGAUUUGACAGAUCCUUGCUUGCUGGAUUUUGACAUGGGCACACAGUGCAAGGAGUAUCAGGUUAUGUGGUUCUUUGACUACAAAAACAAGAUCUGCACCCAGAUUUGGUAUGGUGGGUGUGGCGGUAAUGCCAAUAGAUUUGAGACAGAAGCUGAUUGCAUUAGCAGAUGCUUGAAGCCAUCAGCUGAGAAAGUCAUGCAGCAACCACCCCUUGAGAAAAGAUUAUUGCCAGUCACAGAUAUCUGUAGGUUGCAAAAAGAAGAAGGAACCUGCAGGAAUUUCAUGCUCAAAUGGUACUAUGACUCAGAGACCAAGAGCUGUGCAAGGUUCUGGUAUGGUGGCUGCGGUGGAAACGAAAACAGAUUUAACACCCAGAAAGAAUGUGAAAAAGUUUGCAUUCCUGCUCACAUUAAUCCUGGGGUUGUCACGACAAUAGGAACCUAAAGACAGCAACAUAUCAACACAUACCUCUCAGAGAACCAGGAGUCAGCCAAUGCCAACUUACCCCUGUAGAAGCUAAGGGUAUAGACUACCUUGCACUGUACUAUUUCAUGCUUUAAAUUCCAAGCAAACCUUGAAGAGAGUGUUUUGCUGCAUGACCUAUCAAUAUGGUGCUAAACUGUUUGUGGACUGAGUACUACAUGUGUCCGGGUUAUAGUGUAUACCUUCAACUUUAUGUAAUAGUUAUCCACUGCAGAUUAUUUUGUUUGAACAUGUCUACAAACUACCAUUUCCUUCAGAUUCUGGCAUUAUGCCUGUUUAUGGCAAUGUAAAGUCUAGAAAAUAAGGGACAAAAUAAUUUCACUGCAACUGUUAUGUACUUGCUUGUAUCAUUUUCAUAACUGAGCAUAACUUUAGAUGGAAAGCCUAUGUGUAAAGGAGUCAUUAAUUCUGAUAAACAAGCAGUUCAGUUUUUCAUUCUGUUUUUACUCUUGCUGGAUUAGACUUCAAACGGAUUCUUUUUUACACAUUUGUGACAUAUGUGAUCAAUCAAACUAAAAAGAAAAAAAAAAAGCAAGAUUUCUGAAUACAGAUGCGCUGCUGGGACCAACACCUCAGUUAAAGAAUUUUUAAAUCGUGGUGUAGAAUGUUUUUGGCAUUCCUCUAAUGUUGUGUGUUUUAUCUUUUUUGUUUGUUUGCAGGGCUGGGGAUUUUUUUUUCAUUGUGAUUUUUGUUUUUAGGAAGUCUAUACAAAAGAACUUUUAAAUAAAGUCUACUGGAGGUUUCGAAA